GACCCAAGCAUCCAUAUUUGCGUUUAAUUUGUGUUUCCUGUUAUGUUGCAUGUAAUUUCCGGUUCUUAAUCGUCGAUGGUAAAUUUUCGAUAUUUGAUGCUGUUUUGAAAAUAUUUAUGCUGUUUUGUUUUGGAGCUGCGUCCAUUUAUCACAUGUAUGUCUCUCCUCGCAAGUGGUCCUAUACAUCAAUGGGAAGACUGAAGUUUUUGGGAAGCCCUGCGGGAAUGCAAGCACAUAUACAGAGAAGCAAAGUUUAUGCUUGAGUUACUCUAGAACCCCACUGGAUGUGAGCACUCCUCUGUAUUGUUAUGCAAAGUCUUGGAUGUGUGAACCUUGGAAGUCGUUGUUCAAGAACAUUUUGGAGAACAUUUAGACCUGUGGCUUCAUGAGUGUAUAGAGCCCCAGAAAUGAAUGAAGGACUGGUGGAUAACCUAGGUUCCGGGAGAGGGCCAGGAGAGGAAGACAUGGAGAUAAAUGGAGAGGUACUAAAACCUACAAAUGAUCUACUUAUAGAAAGGGAGGAGAGGACUGAGGUCGGGGACAAUGGGAUGGAGAGGACCUCUCAGGUCCUAUCGCCACUGGAGGCCCUGGCUCCCUCGGACAGCCUUGACAUUCAGGACCAUGCCACCUCUGUUCCUGUGAUGACAGGCCAUGGGCAGACAGAGAAGAUCCCAGGGGGAGUUGCUGAGGAACAACCUGUAGACUGGUUUGAGCCCCUGGAGGAUGACAAUUAUGAAGAUGACACACAGGGUUGGAACUUGGGCCUUGCGAUGGGGGAGCGACGCGUGAAUGGCAAAGGGGACGCCGAAGAGGAGAGUGUUGCAGGGAGCGAAAGGAGCGAAAGGAGCGGUAGCGUGGCAGACCUUGAGAAGAAAAUCAACAGCAACAACCUGUUUUCUGUUUAUAGACGGAAGAAAAGAGUAACAGUUGAAGAGGGCUGGGAGGACUGGCCGGCACUUGGAAAGGGGUGGAAGCGCAAAGCGGUUGUUCGUCGUUCAGGUUCUAGUGUUGGACAGAGUGACGUUUAUUACAUGAGUCCGAGUAAUGAGCGUGUGAGAAGUAGGGUUGAGCUUUCCAAAGUUCUGGCAGAUACUCAGGACAUGACAAUGUUUGAUUACAAAGCAGGGGUGUUCAGGGGUGCUGGACAACCCAAGCCCUUGCGUGCGAGAAAGACGAACAUACAGAAGGAUCCUCCUCCCUUAGUGGACUGUGGAUUUUCCUCAGAGUCCAGCUUGAAGGACAGAGGGGACCGGGCAGACAGUCCUGACUCCCAUCACAGACUGACCCCUCUGAGUCGCAGCUCUAUGGGCACGCCAAGCAAAGACCUCCAACAUACCACUCCCCCAAGAACGAACUCGUCUCUUGCUAAGAUUAGUUCAGCUUCUGUCGCUCAUGAUGUGGAAGGUAUGAAGCAAAAUGCAACUAAACUGCCCUUGAGCCCUGCAUCAUCACUUUCAGUCUCCAUCAACGGGAUGGCUGGUUCAGAGCCCUUCUUUUGCAUCUGUGCCAUUUGUGGUAAUUCAUAUACAGGCUUAGAGUAUGAAAGGCAGAUGAAGAGUCCCUGUUGCACCAUAUGCAGGGCCAACAAUCCAGCUAUAGCCAAGUUUCCACUUCAUCAAAGAUUCAGAAAGUGGAUUCCUUGUGGUAACUGUAGGGCUUGCCUUACCACAGAAGAUUGUGGGAGUUGUGCCAACUGCAAAAAAACACUGAACCCUGACACCAGAAAACGUGUCCGCUGUCAGAAACGCAAAUGCAAAUGUCCUAUCCUCAAGUAUAAACCUGAUGGUCCCCAAAUGUUGGAUCCCUAUCCCAUGGCGAAUUUUAAGAUUGACAGCAGAGAAUUGCAGAACUCCACUUCUCAAUACAGUGACCCUGAGGACUUCUCUGUGAAUGUCGAUAUAGAAGAUGACGAUGAAGAGUUUGAUGGUGAUGAUGCUGACUAUGAGGCUUGGGUGAGGAAACGUAAGCGGCGCUCCUGUGGGAAGUGUGAAGCCUGUAAUAGUAGGACAGACUGUGGCACUUGUGAUUUCUGCAUAGACAAACCCAAGUUUGGAGGCAGCAAUAAGAAGAGACAGAAGUGCCGUCUACGGCAGUGCCAGAGACAGGCCAUGAGACACUUGUUGCCCUUUCAGUUGGGCCAGACUGAUUUUGGGUCCCAAGAGGGGUGGGUGCAGCUUGGCAGGCCUAGGCCUCACUUUACAUACAGUCGCAAGACAACCCCAAAGAAAAGAAAAACACCGCAUCUGGAAGUGGACAUGGAGUUCACUGAUGAUGAAGACGAGCCACUGCAGGAAGAAGAGGAUUAUCGCUACAUGGAAACAGCACAUUGGCGCCCUAUGCUUCCCAGCAAACCCCAGGAUGAGAACUUCAGAAACCAUAUACCGACAGUCCAGGCUCACAAAGAGACUGUGGAAAUUGUCAAAAAUAAUUCACUUCUGGAGCAUGUACCAGAUAUCCUCAACCUUAUAAGUUCUCCAGCAUAUUGCACACUGUUCAAACCGGCAGACCCUGCGGUGAAAUAUGUUGAACCCCCAGUUGAGAAUACGUCCUCAGCAGCUCCGGACAGACAGAGUGGGAUGAACGGAGGAAGGCCAAGUGUGGACACGGAUGUAGAAACGCCGUCUGGGGAGCCAGAAGUGGAGGAGGUCACACCUAUGAUCACUCAGAUCUUCAGUCUGGCUGACAGUGCAGGAACAAGUGGGAUCGACCAAGAACAUGAGCUGUUAAAGCUACUGAAGUCCAUUCACAGCUCUGCACUCCCCACACUCUGGUUUGCCAUAAUGGUGGAGGGCCCGACACUACAGCUACUGCAGUGCUCUAAGCUCUCCCACAUGGUGGACACAACCGUGCAGAUUGACCCGAGCUUCUACUAUCAGAUCUGUGUACAGGGCCAGCCGCUGCUACUCACCCACCCGCUGUAUGAAGCUCACCCAUCCUGCUUGACAUCUGUGCCCCAGGUGGCGAACCUGCUCCUGGAUCUGGAGAAGUACAGCGUGUGCCAGGGGGUCCCGACCAAGGAGCAGCCAUUCAGCCAGGCUCCAAUCAUCAUUGAGCGGGCAUCAACCUGUGACUUUCUGGUACUUAAAGAAACAGAGCACUGUGCGAGGUGUAAGGCCUUAUCCUGCAGCUAUUAAGGCCAGACACCACACCGUAAUAGGGAUCCCCCCCCUUAAUCAUAUCACAAUCAACUUUCUACAGUUGAAUGUAGACACAAAUAAUAUUUUUUUGUAUUACAAUUUCAGAUUUUUAAAAAUUGAAAUAUACAAAUUAGGUGACAUCUCAUUUAAAUAUUUACAUAUCCAACACAAAAAAAAGUCUGGACACUGGAUUAAGUCAGUCUAAAUAUUUUUGGUUUCGUAUUGUUAAGACACUCCAGGAUCGGACUUACUCAGUGCAUUGUGGACAAAUACUUUAAAAAUAUUUUUAUCUGUAAAAUACUAAAGAUAUGAAAGUAAAAUGCAUUUUGGCACAUUAAAAAAAACAUAUUCAAUUCCCUCUGGGCAAGUAUGAGAAUAUAUCUAAGGUUCACUAUUUGGUGAAUACAGAUGCUUCUGAAGCUGGGGGAAAUUAGUUGGCGUGUGGGAAGAGUCUUGACUUUUCGGAAUUGGCAGUUAAAGACAAGGACACUGAAUUUAGACUAACAAACACCUAUUUAGACCCAAUCACCAUCUCUUCAAAGUAAGUUACUACAUAUAGUUCAGUUUUUUUUACAUUUUCUAUGAAAUGGGUUUCUAAAUUGUGUAAUCCAAUGUAGUGGGCUUUGAAAUGAUGGAUGUAUGUCCAUUUUAAAGUGGUUAACAUUAAUGACAUUUUGAUGACUGUAGUAUGAUAAACUAAUGAAAAUAUGCAUUAUUAUCAAGAUUGUCAUUUUUGUUUACUUUUUGAAAAUACUAAUAUUAAUGGACCAAAAUACCAACAAAUCUAAAAAUUGAUAGGUAGAUGCUGUGAUGUAAUUUCAGCCUGUGGUGCCUGGCCUUAAGAACAUUUGGUGCCGCAGCGCAGGGUUAAGAGUCACCAGCACUUAGCAGUGUCACAGUACAGAGCAUCACAGCUCUGCCCUUACAGAACAUCUCAAGUCUGCUGGCGAUGGACAACCAGGACUGUCUAGUAUUUUACGCUUUUACCACUAGACUUUGCAAUGAUAUUUGUUAAGAAAUUGAGGGACGUGUUUUUUAUAUCCCAUUUUGUUAGUCUGUCUUACAAAUAAAUGUACAAAUCAUGAGGG